UUCAGCACUAUCUGCUGAUGACAGAGGGAUUGUUGGGAUUCAGCCCUCUGCCUCCUCCUCAGGGCUCUCCCUCUUGCAGUUCGCUUAUCCUACUAGCAGAGUGGGAUUAUUUAGUUGUUAUUUUUUUAUUUAUUUUUUUGCUGGCAUUUGAAUGUGUCCAGCUCUAUUCCCCCCUGUCUGUGCAACACCAGGUUAAGAUGUGUUUCUUUCUUUAGGUUAUAAGGUGGCUAAAAGUAACAGUUACUGCAACUGUUGUUUUAGUUUAUUGGGUUUGUAGCUGGGACAGCUGGAGGCAGCUCCAUCAGAGCAGCAGUGGACCCAGCUGAGCUGAAGAGAGACAAGACAAGGGAGUUUUGGAGAAGAGGAGAAACCUAGAACCAUGGGUUCGCAGAAAGAAGACGUGGAAAAGUUCCUUAAAGGGAACCCGGCAUUUGCUCAAAAGUAUUUUGCCAAGAAGAUGAGCCCUCCUUCAAUAUCCAAGAUAUCAGGACUCCCAGAGACACAAAUAGACUUCAGCCAGCUUCAGGAACUCAGCCAGGUUGAAGAAAGCACUCUAAUGUAUGACCUAAUCACGGACAUGCAAGAGAGCGUCAACAUGGAAAAAGUGGUCUUCAAGAUCCUGAAGAGACUCAGCGCGCUCAUCCACGCUGACCGCUGCAGCCUGUUCAUGUACCGGCAGCGGAACGGCAUCGGAGAACUUGCCACAAGGCUCUUCAACGUCAACACGGAGUCUCAGUUGGAUGACUGCGUGGUUCAGCCGGACUCUGAGAUCGUAUACCCGCUGGACUUGGGAAUAGUCGGCAACGUGGCCCUGACCAAGAAGACUGUUAAUGUGAAAGAUGUCAAAGAGAACGAGCACUUCAGUACAUUCGUCGAUGAACUCCAAGAGUACGAGACCAAGAGCAUCCUGGCUACGCCCAUCCUCAAUGGCAAAGACAUGGUGGGAGUGAUCAUGGCUGUGAAUAAGACCACAGGGCCACAUUUCACUGCUGAGGAUGAAGAUCUCUUCUUAAAGUAUCUGAAAAUUGCCAAUCUGAACUUGAAGAUCUUCCACCUGAGUUACCUACACAACUGCGAGACACGUAAAGGACAGCUGCUGCUGUGGUCUGCCAACAAGGUGUUUGAAGAGCUGACAGACAUCGAGCGACAGUUUCACAAAGCCUUGUACACAGUCCGAGCCUACCUCAACUGUGACCGCUACUCGGUUGGUUUACUAGACAUGACAAAGGAAAAGGAGUUCUUUGACAUCUGGCCUGUGUUGAUGGGAGAGCAGCCACCUUACUCUGGCCCUUUGACCCCUGAUGGCAGGGAGGUAAUUUUUUACAAAGUGAUUGAUUACAUCCUACAUGGAAAAGAAGACAUCAAAGUCAUACCCACCCCAGCUCCAGAUCACUGGGCCUUGGUGAGCGGCCUGCCCACCUACGUUGCAGAGAGCGGUUUUAUAUGUAACAUCAUGAACACAGCUGCUGAUGAGACCUUUAAGUUUCAGACAGAGCCGCUGGAUGCCAGUGGCUGGACCAUAAAAAAUGUGCUUUCGCUCCCAAUUGUCAACAAGAAAGAAGAGAUAGUGGGUGUGGCGACUUUUUACAACAGAAAAGAUGGGAAGCCUUUUGAUGAUCAUGACGAAAAUCUCAUGGAGGCGUUGACUCAAUUCCUUGGAUGGUCAGCUCUGAACACGGACACUUACGACAAGAUGUACAAGCUGGAGCAGCGGAAAGAUAUUGCUCAGGACAUGGUGCUCUACCACGUCAAAUGUCGGAAUGAUGAGAUUCAGAAUGUUCUGAACACACGAGAACUCUAUAACCUUGAACCUGCAGAGUGUGAAGAAGAGGAGCUCUACGAUAUUUUGAAAAAGGACCUUCCUCCACUAAUCAAGAAAUUUGAGAUCUACGAAUUUCGCUUUGCGGAUUCUAACUGCACAGAGAUGGACCUGGUGAGGUGUGGGAUCCAGAUGUACUACGAAGUAGGAGUGGUCAAGAAGUUCCAGGUCCCUCAAGAGGUGCUGGUUCGCUUCAUGUACUCGGUCAGUAAAGGCUACAGGAAAAUCACGUACCACAACUGGCGGCAUGGCUUCAACGUGGGACAGACCAUGUUUACACUAUUAACGACAGGGCAUCUGAAACGAUACUACACUGAUCUGGAGGUAAUGGCUAUGAUAACUGCAGGAUUCCUGCAUGAUAUUGAUCACAGAGGGACAAACAACUUAUACCAGGUCAAAUCUGGCAACCCUCUGGCCAAGUUGCACGGCUCCUCCAUCUUGGAGCGACACCAUCUAGAAUUUGGAAAGUUCCUCCUGGCUGAUGAGUCACUGAAUAUCUACCAGAACCUUCACAGGCGGCAGAUAGAUCACGUGAUCCAUCUCACAGACAUCGCCAUCAUCGCCACUGACCUGGCUCUUUACUUCAAGAAGAGAACCAUGUUUCAGAAGAUUGUGGAUCUUUCACAUACAUAUGAAGAUGAAAAGAAAUGGGUGGACUUUAUGUCUCUGGAAACAACUAGGAAAGAGAUUCUCAUGGCUAUGAUGAUGACUGCAUGUGACUUGUCUGCCAUCACAAAGCCCUGGGAAGUCCAAAGCAAGGUUGCUCUGUCUGUAGCAGCAGAGUUUUGGGAACAGGGUGAUCUGGAGAGGACAGUACUGGAGCAAAACCCAAUUCCCAUGAUGGAUCGUAACAAGGCAGCAGAGCUUCCAAAGCUGCAAUGCGGUUUCAUUGACUUUGUCUGCACGUUUGUCUACAAGGAGUUUUCGCGUUUCCACCCACAAAUUCAGCCUAUGCUGGAUGGCAUCCUUAACAACAGGAAGGAGUGGAAUGCUAAAAAAGAGGAGUAUGAGGCUACACUCAAAGUCAUAGAGGAUGAGAAGGCUGCUAAAGAAGCUGCAGCCGGAGGGGCCAAGGCUGCUGCAGGAGGCUCAAGUGGCGGAGGCUCCAAGACCUGCUCCGUGUGCUAAAAGAUCAAAGACCUGUUUACCAGAGUGUAAGUAGGCCCUCAUGACGGACUGGCUUCAGAAUAAUCUGAGAACCACAGCCAAGAAAUUCUCACUGCCAAGAAAAAAGAAAUGUCAGAAGGUCAGAAACAUGGAUGCAUGCAAAAAAAUGGUUCCAAUCAAAAAAGAAAUACCUGAAACAUGAGAGAUGUUCAUCACGAGAGCCGAGUUUCAUCUUUAAGAAACAUUGAAUAAUUGAGCUAAAAUAUGAGUAACAUAGGUUAUAUUAGCUACAAGAUUGAUAAAACAACAGAAGAAGCUAAUCUCUCGCUAGAAAUUGACAUAUACAUAGAAUCAAUAUUCAAGAUUAUUUUUGUAUUCCGGGUGUCUCUUAUUUUCAAGAGCUCCCUUUCUAGAGAGCUAAAGUUAGUUAUGCUGGAUGUGUGUAUUGUGUGGAUGUGCUUGUUGUCACAUUUCAUUUAAUGUACAAUUACCACAACUUUUUAUAUACAUUCUUUCCAUUUUUGUUUCAUAAAGCGUUAUUCAACCCAGCAAGAAUAUGACAUAAACUGUAUAUACUUUAUGUAAAGGAUAAUGCCCGACGAGGUGUACAUUAUCAUAAAUAUAUGGACGACGCGGGGGCGUGAACCGUUUUGAAUCCAUAUGUUUAUGAUAGUGUACACCUCGAAGGGCAUUAUUCCGCUUAUACCACGGUCACUUACCAAAAAACAUAAAUAUUAAAUCAGUUAUUCAUGCUUUAGUGUGUUUUCAGUUUAAACGAUUAGUUUUAUAACAAGCCACAGCGGAGCGGCUAAAUGGACUAUUUAAUCUCUCUUCUGCAGCCGCUUGUUGGUUUAAAGUUUGUGGCUCACGAUCCUCGGCACUGCUUGCCAGAGCAUUGGGAGAUGAUAAAAUGUUGCUCCAUUUUCGUCUCUCCUGUACUGAUGGAGCCCAGUAAACCUGCAGGCUGCUCUCACAGCGAUGACCAGUCACCGACAUGAUCUGGCGAGUUUCCAGCCCGGCAUCAGAGAUGGCUGACAGCUGUGCUCCGGAGGCUAUGUCACCUCCGUGUGCCGUUUCUCCGGUUUCUUUUCAUUUUUCCUUUCUCUCCUCUUCUGCAUCCCAGUCAUCAAAAUGGUUAAAUUCACCAAAUAAAUUAAAAGAAAUUACAAAAUCACUCAUGUCGCCGCCCUGCGGUAGCCGGCUCUUCUUCUCUGUAUCUCCGUUGCCGUGGUUACUACCUGGCAGUUGAUCCAGAGCAAUGAUAUUAAAGUUAUCAGGCAAUUUGACCGAACUUGUUUUCUAGGUGUAGGUUAGCACUUAUAACCUACACCUGCCAGCCAAUCAGAAUCGAGUAUUCACACAGACCGUGGUAUAAGUAGUAAAUACCCCUGUACAAUAUGUAUUAUGAGUCAAUGUAAUAACUGAGCAGACUGCUAGGUUGGAAUAUUGCCCAUUAGUCUUUUCCCAAAGGUUUAGUAUUUAAAAAAUCUGUAAAAAAGUAUUUUAAUGUUCACUUCUUCCAGUCACUCACCAUUUACAAAUGAGAGUUUGUUUACCUUCAGAGCAGGGAAUUAUAGGUGUCUUAAAUACACAAGUUAGUAAUGCAGUUGAUUAUGAAUAUCAAUGCAGCGUUGUAGAAAUUUUAAUUUACUAUCAGAAGUUUAUAGAUGUUAAUUUGUAAUGCCUUUAUAUUGUAUAUACUGUAUGUGUGAGAGCAUGUGUGAGAGGAAACAGCUAAGGAUAUAUUUUACGAUUGUAGUAUUACAAAGGUCUUCUGAAAUAACGGUUUUAUCCAGAAUGUCAAGUGGUUCCAGAUAAAACUGACCAAAUCAGGUUACCAUCAUGUUAAAUUAUUGAUCUAUUGUGCUUUGUCUAUAUUUGUGAACUUAAAGAUGAAUUUAAAAACAGCGGGCCCAGUGAGUUCACUAGACCGGCUUGAGAAAAUAAGUUGAAAUAUUUAAUAAUAACCCCCAUGAAAAUUAACGUCCGCACUGAACCCGAGGUGAGCUGCACAUUUUCUGGGGAUCAGCAGAAUUGAUAAUAAUCACUUGUGUCAUGUGAGGGGAAAACCAUAAAGAACACGCAAACUACAGACACUGACAGGUGAAGACCCAAACCCAGGACUGUGGCGCUGCGAGACAGCAGAGCUAACCGCGGAGGCAUCAGGCUGCUCCAACAACCCCCUGGGGCACAGAGCUGCUGGAGACAGCACCAAGCAACAACUUAGCUUUGUGAGAGAACGUGUACAUACUGCCUCACUUCAUGUAAAUAUAUAUAAAAAGAAACAUAUUUUUCAACUUGAACUAGAGAUGCUUAUUUUAAUGUAGUGAUGUCUGCAAACAUUGGCAAAUAUGUGAUAAAGUAAUUGUACUUCCCUUAUUGAAUUGUAUUUAUCAUGCUUGUCUCAGUGUACAGUACAGAAUUUUAAAAUACUCCACAUAUUAUGUAAUAUUUGGAAAGUUAUAUAUGAUAUUUUUUAGGUAUUAACUGAGGAUUCAUCCAUAUAGACUAAUAUUGUACAGUCAUGAUUUCAAAGCUUGCAACGUUAUGUGCUCCAUCUAUACAAUGAUGACUCAAAUAAAGCAAAUGUAUUUUUA